AUGGCAAUACAGGGGACUUUCAAGAUCCUGAUGGCAUCAUUGGCCACAGAAUCUGGCGCAGCACAUGGCAUCAACGCCCCUGGAGCAGGAGUGAUCGAUCAUUGGGUAAUUCUCGAGGAUGGACAGGGUUCAGGGCUCAACAAAGAAAAAGGUAUGCAUGGCCAAGGAUCCAACACCCACGAGGCAAAGGGAUGA